AUGGAUUUUUUUUUCUCCUUUGCUUUGGUAGCUAUUACCCUCACUUUUCCAGGCGUUCUAGGAGGAAAUCAAGCAUGGGAAACCUCUAUCAAACUUGGGGGUGUCCAGAGCCCCUUGGAUUCGGCUCUGCCAGUCGAUAACACGACGGUGAUAGCAGAUCUUCAUCGCGCAAAGCGAGCACUUAGCAUCGUUCCAGGAUCUGGGAAUGCUGACAGGCAUAUAUGGCCUAAUAUGAAUAUCCCAUACUGUUUUGAACACAAAAGUUGGCCCGAUAGGGGUGGGAAGUCGACAAAGGAGAUUUUAUUCAACGAUUUGGUAGAGGCGCGAGAUUUAUGGUAUCAACAAGGCCUCCCUGAGUCGUUCAAAUGGACUGAAUUGAAUGAUUACGCCUGCAGUAGUAGUCAGAGGAGCGAUUACUUACUCAUACAAUUUAAUACGGAGGGAAGGCUGAGUUCUACCGUUGGAAAACCACCGAUUGAUUCUCUUAACCCUGGGCCAAGGAUGCUUCUCAGCGAUUCUGUCGAAGUUGGGAUGCUUAAUGUGGUUGCUAAUUAUGCACAUGAAAUGGGGCUUGGUAGACAUAUACUGAUAGUUCGAUGUCCAUGGCAGCAUGUAUGGGGGUUAUACCAUGAGCAUCAAAACCAAGCGUACUGGGGAUCACCAUACUCCGCCUCUGGUGGAAGCGUAUUUGGAAUGAACAACUUUCACUGUGAAAAUCUAAACGACUACGAAGCGACUGUUGCUCGGGUUACAAAUGCAUAUCCCGCAUGGCAAGUUGGCAAUAUAGUGAGGGACUUUUGUAGAUUCAGGGCCAAUGCCGAGGACGUCCGGUUCUCAGCCAGCGACUACCUGCCAUGGGUAAACACUCAAGUUCUGGCAGACUCAAACACGAAUAUUGACUGGGACUCGAUCAUGAUAUAUCCCAGCGGUGCGGGCGGAAAAGGCUCUGCAUCCCCCGGCAAUGAUCAGCGUAUGGCAGUUCUCACAAAACCUAAUGGAGACCUUAUUCCCAUCAAUUUGAAGCCAAGCGCUAGGGAUAUUGCUGCGUUAAAAAAGUUAUACUCAUACAAAUCAUCGGUGGUGUUGAAUUUCCUUGGGAGCUCGAAGAAUAAGUUGAAACAAAAAUUUGACAAGAUAAGGAAGAAAGACCCGGAUAACAUAUGUAAUGUGUCCGCAACAACAAUGCCCAUGACGACUCCUACGACGGUACCUCAAACGACGAGACACAUCUAG